UGGUGAAUUGACUCUAGUGUUUAGCUGUGAUUCGUGUCGGGUGAUUCGACUCCUGCUGCCUGCAGGAUAAUUGCAUCUGAAAUGGAAGCUAAUCAGUUCAAGGAUUUCGCGAAGGAGAUGAUCGAUUACGUCUCCGGGUAUCUGGAGAACAUCAGAGAUAGACGCGUGUUACCCACGGUUGAACCGGGGUAUCUGCGCCCCCUGAUCCCAGCCACCGCCCCCCAAAAGCCCGACAAAUGGGAGGACGUGAUGGCCGAUAUCGAGCGUGUCAUCAUGCCGGGGGUGACACACUGGCAUUCGCCCCGGUUUCACGCCUAUUUCCCCACCGCCAACUCCUACCCCGCGAUCGUGGCCGACAUCCUCAGCGGCGCCAUCGCCUGCAUCGGCUUUUCCUGGAUUGCUAGUCCCGCUUGCACCGAGCUAGAAGUCGUGAUGCUGGACUGGUUGGGCAAGAUGAUCGGUCUCCCGGAGGACUUCCUGGCCUGUUCUGGAGGCAAAGGGGGGGGCGUGAUCCAAGGGACGGCCAGCGAAGCGACUCUGGUGGCCCUUCUAGGGGCCAAGGCCCGCAUGAUCGACCGCGUGAAGAAGGAAAAGCCGGAAAUGAGCGACUCGGAAAUCGUCGCCAAACUAGUCGCUUACACUUCAGCCCAGAGCCACUCGUCGGUCGAGCGCGCGGGGCUGCUAGGGGGCGUCAAAAUGCGCGGGCUCCAGCCUGAUGAUAACAACAGACUCAGAGGCGAAACGCUGGAAGUGGCGAUCAAGGAAGACCGUGAGGCUGGCCUUAUUCCAUUUUACGUUGUGGCCACUCUGGGCACCACCUCCUCGUGCACGUUCGACAACCUGGAGGAGCUGGGUCCCGUGUGCAACUCGAACAACAUCUGGCUGCACGUGGACGCCGCUUACGCCGGCUCCUCCUUCAUCUGCCCGGAGUUCCGCUACUUGAUGAAAGGCAUUGACCGCGCGGACUCCUUCAACUUCAACCCGCACAAAUGGCUCUUGGUCAACUUCGACUGCUCCACCAUGUGGCUCAAGGACCCCUCCUGGCUCGUGAACGCCUUCAACGUCGACCCCCUCUACCUAAAGCACGAGCAACAGGGUGCAGCCCCCGACUACCGCCACUGGCAAAUCCCGCUCGGCCGCAGAUUCCGCGCUUUGAAGCUUUGGUUCGUUUUACGAUUGUACGGAAUCGAGAAUCUCCAAGCUUUUAUCCGGAAACAUGUGGAGCUGGCACACUAUUUCGAGUCGCUGGUGAGGGGGGAUGAGAGGUUUGAGAUAACGGAGGAAGUGGUCCUGGGACUGGUUUGCUUCCGGCUGAAGGCUUCGAACGAGAUUAAUGAAGCUUUGCUCAAGAGGUUGAACGGUAGAGGGGUCAUCCAUUUAGUACCGUCGAAAAUCAGGGACGUUUACUUCCUGAGGUUGGCGAUCUGCUCGAGGUUUACGGAGAUGGCGGAUAUUGAUAUUUCGUGGAAGGAAGUCAAGGAAGCCGCCGAUGAAGUUUUGAAAAAAUAAAUGAAGACAAUCUAGACUUAAGUUACGUUGUAAAUUAUUUAUUUAUCGUUGUAUAUAUUUAUCGUUGACCAAAUGUACCGAGGACCAAAUAAACAAUCAGCAAUCA